CGGGCCCCGGGCGGCGGGCCGAGCGUGCGCGGCGGGCGGGCCCGCGCAGGGCAGCGGCGCGGAGGGCGGGCGGCGGGCGCCGCGGGGCCGCCGCGGGGAUGAAGGACCGGCUGGCCGACCUGGCGGAGUAUAAAGGAAAUGAAGAUGGGGAGACAGUUAUCAUCGAGAAAGACCAUUUCAUGGAUGACUUCUUCCAACAGGUUGAGGAAAUUAGAAAUAACAUAGCAAAAAUAGCACAAAAUGUGGAAGAAGUGAAGAAGCAGCACAGCAUUAUCCUGUCAGCACCAAAUCCUGAAGGAAGAACAAAGGAAGAACUUGAAGAACUAAAUGAGGAAAUCAAGAAGAUUGCUAAUAAAAUCCGGGCCAGGUUAAAGGCGAUUGAGCAGAGCUUUGAUCAGGGUGAAAAUGCCAAUCGGACGUCAGUGGACCUGAGGAUCAGGAAAACACAGCACUCGGUGCUGGCACACAAGUUUGUGGAGGUGAUGACGGAGUACAACGAGACGCAGACGCUGUUCCGGGAGCGCAGCAAGGGCCGCAUCCAGAGGCAGCUGGAGAUCACUGGGAAGACCACCACUGAUGAGGAGCUGGAGGAGAUGUUGGAGAGUGGCAAUCCUUCCAUUUUCACUUCUGAUGUAUGUAUUCCUGGCCCAUUUCCUCUCCCUGCCCUGCUGCCCGCUCCUGGGAGGGCGCUGGCACUCAGGCGUGUCCCUGUCCCCUCCCUUUGUCCCCAAGAUCAUUUCAGACUCGCAGAUCACCCGGCAAGCCCUGAACGAGAUCGAGUCCCGCCACAAGGACAUCAUGAAGCUGGAGUCCAGCAUCCGGGAGCUGCACGAGAUGUUCAUGGACAUGGCCAUGUUUGUGGAGACUCAGGGAGAAAUGAUCAACAACAUAGAAAAGAACGUGAUGAACGCGACAGAUUAUGUGGAGCAUGCGAAAGAAGAGACAAAAAAGGCAGUGAAAUACCAGAGCAAGGCACGCAGGAAAUUGAUGUUCAUAAUAAUAUGUGUAACUGUAUUGCUUCUGAUACUUGGAAUUAUCCUAGCAACAACUCUGUCCUAGCAAGCACAUUCCAAGAGUUACCAGCCUUCAGGAACUCCAAACCAUCUCCGGUAAAACCAAACCUUUCCACAGAUGAUGCCUUACCUGUCCCACCAUGAUGACCUGUCACUAAUGGCUAGAAAUGAAAGCAAAAUCACUCCUGAUGUUUACUCACAAAUGAAGAUCAGAAUGCCUUAGGGGGUGUGUGGAUUUUACAGCAUCAACUAGACACCUGUGAGACUGAAACUUGGUUUUCAUCUACAGUAACUUAGGUUUUUCACAUCUCAGUGUUACAGUGGAAGUAGGGAGUUGAGAGACUAUUGAGUUUUGAGUGUUUGGCUUUUUUUUCCUGUAGCUAACCCAACUCUAAUCAUGACUUUAAGUACCUUGCCAGUGCUGCCUUUGUUAGCACUCUUGUGAAUAUUUUUAUGACAUGUAGCCUUGUGUUUAAGUGUAUUAAUUAUUUAGUCACCUUAAACCUAUUUAAGCCUUACGCUUUUUCUCCAACAAGUGCUAAAAUAUCUUAUCCUGAAAAGACUACUCCUUUAACUGCCUGGUGCGUUACUUGAGAAGAAAAACAGAAAAAGCUUUUUUACACUUGCCAGGUUUUUUUUUUUUAUUUUUUCUGUCAAGGUUAACUGCUUUAAAUACUUCCUUCAUGGUUAAUAAAAAGUGUGUUGCAACAUUUCUGGUAAAAGCACACAGCUCUGAAACGCCGCGUUUGCACUCGGGCAGGUAAUUUCACAGGUAGUUCUUGUGCAGAGGAAACUGACGGAUCAGUUUAGCCUUACUGCUUACCUGAACAUGACAGAAAUGACUUCAUAAAGCCAAAUCAAGUUUCUUGUUCUGGAGUUUGCUGCUGUUGAUGCGUGAGCACAGCACAGGGGGAUGAACUGCCCCAGAAGAGCCUGAAACUCAAACUAAGACACUGAUUUGUUAUGGAACGCGUGUGGCUGUAACAAGGAUGAAGUGUUUGGGUGUGCACGUGCC